CCUGCCGGCUCAGAAGUACCCGGCUGCGGGACCGGCUGCGAACUUUCCAGAAAAGUCGGGAUCGUCUCCGGUUGAGCGGCCGUCGCGGGGUGCGGGACGACCUGCCGCACAGGGGCCGUCCUCCGCCAUGGUGAAGGAAACUACCUACUACGAUGUGCUGGGCGUGAAGCCGAACGCCUCUGCCGAGGAGCUUAAGAAGGCCUACCGAAAACUAGCGCUCAAGUACCACCCCGACAAGAACCCCAAUGAGGGCGAAAAGUUUAAGCAGAUUUCCCAAGCAUACGAAGUGCUGUCGGACCCGAAGAAGAGGGAUCUGUAUGACAAAGGAGGCGAGCAGGCCAUCAAAGAGGGUGGCUCUGGUGGCGGCUUUGGGUCACCCAUGGACAUAUUCGAUAUGUUCUUUGGCGGUGGUGGGAGGAUGCAGAGAGAGAGGCGAGGUAAAAAUGUGGUCCAUCAGUUGUCAGUAAGUUUAGAAGACAUGUACAAUGGUGCAACAAGGAAACUUGCCCUACAGAAGAACGUGAUCUGUGACAAAUGUGAAGGUCGUGGUGGUAAGAAAGGUGCUGUGGAAUGCUGUCCAAAUUGCAGAGGAACAGGCAUGCAGAUCAGAAUUCACCAGAUUGGGCCAGGAAUGGUGCAGCAGAUCCAGUCUGUGUGUAUGGAGUGUCAGGGACAUGGGGAGCGUAUCAGCCCCAAGGACCGGUGUAAGAGCUGCAAUGGCAGAAAAAUUGUUAGAGAGAAGAAGAUCCUAGAAGUUCACAUUGAAAAAGGAAUGAAGGAUGGUCAGAAAAUAACAUUCCAUGGGGAAGGAGACCAAGAGCCAGGACUAGAGCCAGGGGACAUUAUUAUUGUCCUGGAUCAAAAAGACCACUCAAUAUUUAUAAGACGACAUGAAGAGCUUCACAUGCUUAUGAAUAUUCAGCUGGUUGAAGCAUUGUGUGGCUUUCAGAAGCCCAUCACAACACUGGAUAACAGAACUAUCAUUAUUACCUCCCACCCUGGGCAGGUUAUCAAGCAUGGGGCUAUUAAGUGUGUGUUGAAUGAAGGAAUGCCGAUAUACCGCAGACCAUAUGAAAAGGGACCUCUGAUCAUAGAAUUCAGGGUGAAAUUUCCAGAGAAUGGCUUCCUUUCCUCAGACAAGCUGUCUCUACUUGAAAAGCUACUACCUGCAAGGCAGGAAAUAGAAGAAACUGAGGAAAUGGAGCAAGUGGAUUUAGUGGACUUUGAUCCAUCUCAGAAAAGAAAACACCACUAUAAUGGAGAAGUCUAUGAAGAUGAUGAGCACCACCCUAGAGGGGGUGUUCAAUGUCAGACAUCAUAAAAGGGCCAGUGAAUAACCUGUGAUACUUGUUUUGUAUGCAUUAGUGAAUGAGUGAAGGACUCCACCCUCACUUCCUGCUGUUUGUUGUUCUAUCCAGCCAUAGUUGUUUCUAAAAAGCAUAAAGAAAUAAAGUAAUUCAACUGACUUUGCAAUUUGUAUAAAAGCUCUAGUAUGCAAGCUCAAAUGAAGGUGAUGGCACAUCACCCCUGCCUCUUGGUCAAGAAACUACUUUACCUGCUUUUUAUUCCAGGCCUUGUAAUUCCUGUAUGUGUGCAGUUGCCCGGGCUUAAACUAAGAUUCUGUGGUGGUCUUUUUAGAAAUUCUAGAUCUUCUAUUCUGUUAAAAAGUAUGCACAAGUACUUACAGUUCAUGGUAAGAUAUACUUAAGUUUUGUACUGGUUAGGAUAAGAUAAUGUUUUGGGCUUGUACUGGUGUUUGUUAAAUGGGGAUUGGCUCUACAGCAGCCACAUGAUAGGACAAGGACACAAUCAACCUUCACAGGCCUGUUAAAGUCAUGCGAUCUGCAAGCUCCCUGAAGCUACUGCACAUCAAGUAGUUCACUCCCUCUGCCAGCUUUGGUCCUGACCCUGGAGAUAGAUGUGAAGCUUGCUUUGAUUCAUUGCUGCCUAGCUACUGCAGGAGCUUCCUUUGCUACUGUGCAUGAGUUAAAAAAACCAAACCCUUCAGGCUUUACUGGCACACAUGUGGUUUGGAACCUUGUCGACCCACUGGCACGUGAAGCUUGAUUUCCACCUUGACUCAGAUAUGCUGGAGUGGUGUGUCCUGGACAGCAGCAGUGCAAACCCCCUUGGUGGGCCUUUGUGAACUUGGAGAGAACUGCCUGUCAGUGAAUACAACCAUCUCAACGCAUUGGGGAUCUUUUGAAAUUUAAUAUAUUGUGUGUGUUAAAUUUUAAGCUGACUCUUGAAAAUUCUGUAUGACUGUUCUAAUUAUUGUAGACAAAGCAUUUCCAAUAUAAUUACAAAAUGGUUCAUUGCCUGUUUUCUUAGGCCA